AUGUCUUCUCCUAGCAAAGGCGCUCUGCAACACGCGGUAGAGACAGACACGACAUCUGGUGAGAGGGAGGUCGACGUUGUUGAGCUCGUGUUUGCCCAGCUUGAUUUUUUGUCUGACCUAGAACAGGCGUGUCCCGGUGGGCGUGCUGUUGGCGUCUUCUCCGAAGAGGAGGCGGCAGGGCACGGUUUCCCCGCAGCGACUGCUGAGACUGGUGGCGUCACAGCUUCCAGUGGCACGGUUUCCCCGCAGCGACUGCUGAGAGUGGUGGCGUCACAGCUUCCAGUGUCGACACGCCGACACCAAUCGGAGUGCAGGUGCGCCGCGGGGGGGGGCGCGGAAGAACUCCUCGCUCUCCUUGUCCUGAGUGCUCGCCUUCUCGUUGCCCCUCAGUGGCAUGCCUGGCGUGCCGUAGUGCUUAGGCCUCCGGUCUGGGGCAUCGCCCCAACUUGCGAUGAGGCGGCCGACGCGGCCUUCGGGAAGUGCGCUUGCUCAUAG